UGCUCCGAAAUGACGGACAUUGUUGAACGUUUACAAUCAGUCCAAAGAAGAGUACUUGAUGCCCCUCGCCCCUUAGGACAAUCCUUACCUAGGUUGGUGGCUGUUUCUAAAUUUAAAAGUGUUCACGAUAUAAAAUCAUGUUAUGACGCAGGACAGCGAAAUUUUGGUGAAAAUUAUAUAAAAGAGCUUGUUGAAAAGUCAUACCAGCUUCCGUCAGAUAUAAUGUGGCAUUUUAUAGGGACUUUUCAGAGCAAUAAAGCUAAAAGUUUGGCUGGAAUUUUAAACUUUUUCGUGUGGGAAACUUGUAGUAGCGUCAAACACGCCAUCUCCAUCGACCAAGCGCUUAGGGACAAUCCAAAUAGGAAGCAACCUUUAAAAGUUUUUGUUCAAGUGAAUACCAGCGGGGAGAAAGCUAAAGGUGGUUGCGCUGUUAAAGAUUGUAAGGAUGUUGUGGAAUAUGUCCUCCGCCAUUCCCACAAGCUUCAGUUUUCCGGUCUGAUGACUAUAGGCAGGGACUACGGUUCUACUCUGAGUGCGGACAAUGAAGAUUUCUUGUUAUUGCUAGAACUGCGACGGGAAAUCUGCACUGAACUCGGCCUUGAUAGCUCUACGGUGGAGCUAAGCAUGGGUAUGUCCUCCGACUUUGAACACGCUAUAAAGCUCGGUAGCACCAACGUUCGAGUGGGCUCUCUGAUCUUCGGGAGCCGCUGA